AUCUCUUGUUAAAUUUAUCAAUUAAAGAAACGUCAAAAAUAUUGUUUGUUUACAUUAAUUUGACAGUUGUACUGGGGGGUUGUAUUUUUUGCGAUUUAUCGAUAAUCGAGCGGGGGCACGCUUAAAUUUCCAGUGAUUUCGUUACCAUAGAAAAUCAGGAAUCAUCAAAUAAAGUAAUAAUGACCCCCUUAAAACCCCAUUAGCAAGGGAAACGUUUUAAAAAUUUCUUUGAGGUUAUGUAUACCUUUAUAAGAAUUUCGAUUAUGAAUUAUGAGCGAAACGGAUGAUACUAACGAAUUGGUUCUGAUCCCACCCGAUUUUUUCAGUUGCGAACUCCCAUUUUUCGAAGAGAACCGCUAUUUUGAUGUGGUCGAUAAUUUAAUAACUCAGGUGACUAAUUUAGAGAAUCGCAUAAAUUCAAUUGAAACUAACUCAGAUUUAUCAAGCUUAACAUCACCAAAUCCAUCUUUUAUGUCUUCAGUUCGAAAAUAUCGAAGUUCCGAUGACGUCACUGAAACCCAAAUUAAAGAUGGGUUCGAUAGUACACAAAGUACGCCACAAAAGCCUCAAACUCGAAGGGUGUCAUCUUCUGGUAAUUUCAGGGGGCGCAACUUAAAUGCUGAAGGCUUUAAACAAAGUGAGUUAAAAGCGGCAACAUUAAAGCAAAUCGACCAAUACCUUGAAAACAACGAAUACUUUUCAAAAAACAGUUUAAAUAUAAAAGAUUUAGAAUUUAUGGUACAAAAAAUUGAAAAUCAACAAAAAGAAUUCGAUUUUUUAUCAGCUAGGAAAGAAAGUAGCGAUUUAAAUGAUACAAUUCAUAGUUUAAGCAGUUCUAGUGGCGAUUUAACUCAAAUUACGACGAUUCCGAAUCGAUUGGCUGCUGGAAGUGACUUUGUAGCCUCAGUUUCUUCUAAAACCGAUAUACGGAGAAGAACCCCUCCUGAUGUGAGGCAUAAUUUGCGGCGAGGAACGUCUAAAAACAGCCCAAUGAGAAAUAAUCAAAAAAAAACCGCACAUUUUCAACGCCAAUUCACCGAAACCGACACAACUAGUACAACAAGAGGUUCUGAAAGCUCAUUUACACAAUACUCAGAGAGAUAUUGUAAUGAUUACCAACGUUUUUAUGAUGUUAGUUAUUUAAAAAAAUUGGAUGAAGAAAAAAUGAGGAGACAGCGUUGUGAACAACUCAUUCAGCAACUCCAAAAGCAAAAUUUUGAAAUGCAAGAACAAUUAACAUCUGCAAUUCGUGUUGAUGAAGCGAAAGAUGACGCAAUUUUGAGAUUUCACAAAGCUUGGGAGCAAGUAGCCGGCCGUUUACAAACAUUAGUUGAAGAAAGGGACGCUCUUGAAUCCGAAAUUAAAGAACUCCACCUCCAACAUACCCGAAAUUUCACCCAGGCUGCUGAUAAAAUGGUUCAACAAGAAAGCGAACUCAAAAAAAUCACCUUAAUUUCGCAAACGAACCAAGAAAAAAGUAAAGAAAUGGAAAAUUUGAUCGUCGAUUUAACAAACGAAAUACAAAGAUUAAAUAAAAAGAUUGACGAAUUAGAAAGGGAACUGAAAGUGGAAAAUGAUGCGUGUAAAGGAUUAAAAGAUGAAGUGGAAAGGAAAGAAAACGAAUUAAAGAUGGUUAAUGAAGAGUUAUUGAAUGCAAAGGAAAAAGAACAACAAAAAAUAUCGGAUUUCGAAAACGAAAUUGGGAAAUUAAAGAAUGUUUUGAAAGAAGAUAAAGGAAUUUUAACCGAAAAAGAUGGGUUAAUUGAUACGUUGGAGCAACAGAACCAAAAGUUAAUGACGGAAAUCGACGUGCAUAAAAAUAAGGCGGUUGAUCUUCAAAAAGAUCUUGCCAAAAUAAAAGAAACCAAUGAAAAAGAAAAAUUCGAUUUGAAAUAUUUUUAUCAAGAACAAGUCGAGAGAGUUGUGAAAGAAAAACUUUUAGAUUUUCAAGUGCAAUUGGAAAGAGCCCGAGGUGAACUUGAGGAUGAUUUGAAAAAGCGAGAAGUUAUUGUUGCGAAAACUGCGGCGACGCAUAUUCAACAAAUUGCUGAUAAACAUUCGUUAGAAAUUCGUCUUCUUGAAGAAAAACAUUCGGAAGAAGUCCGUUUAUAUCAAGUACAAAUAACCCAAGCUCAACAAUUAUUAGAUAAUUUACAAUACAAAUUACAACAUCAACAAUUAAAAAAGCAUGAUAUGGCAAAACAAUUACAUAAAUUGAUGGAAGCUCAAUGGUUAGAAGCAUUAAAAAUAAUCAAUAAUGGAAGAAGUCCUUUAACCGAUCUAGAUCUAACGAAUCAAUUAAAUCAAUUAAAAUCGAAAUCGUAUAAUAAUAUGGAGGAAGUUUUAGAAAUGGGGAUAGAUGAAGUUCAAGAACAACAAACUAAAAAUUCACAAACAAAUUAUUGUCAAAACGUUCCAAUGGAGCCUUAUCACAUGGAAACUCCGUUGACGAGCCGCCAACCUAAAAAACCGGAUGUGGAUGAUGUCCAUAAAUUUAUUCAUAUGUUAAUGAAUAAACAAAAUGCAAGUCCAACUGGGGAUCAUAAUCAACCCACCAGGAAUCAAACGGGAAGUGUUCAUCAAGUUGAUUUUGCAGCAUGGCAACAACAAGAAGAUAUUCGAGGUAAAACCAAAGAUAAAAAAAUUAAACCACCUUGGAAAUAAUAAAAUUUUUGGGUUUUAAUAUGUAUUAA